AUGUCUGUAGAAGAAUUCGGCGAUGCCGCAACAAAUAUUAUACUAUAUCUCCGACGAGUACCGUUGAAUCCUACGUCUUCUUUGAAUCCCCAUCCCCAACUUGCGGAUCUUGGAAAUAUGCAGACCAGCACUGAGUCAAAUGUUGACUCAUCCGAUAACAUGAAUCCACCGGAAUUGACUCCGUCUGGCUCUUCGAAUGCUUCUGGGGGAUCCCUUUUAUCGUCGAGCUACUCGGUCCUCAUGGCGGAGAAGAGCAUUCCCCGUAUGCCUUGCUACAUCAGGAAGAUCGAAAAAAACCCCAACUUUGUCGAAAGACCAACUGUCACUGAGAUGAUUGACAGCUUUUUGAUACCCGAGAAGAGAGACUCGCCUGGCCUUCGCUCAUUCUCGCUUUGUGGUUAUGGGGGCAUUGGGAAAACCCAAAUCGCAAUGGACUAUGCAUUUAAGCGAGAGGAUCAGUUCCACGCUAUAUUCUGGAUCCAAGCCGACGAAGAGACCAAGAUUGCAAAAGCCUUCGAUGAUAUUGCUCAUGCGCUCGGCCUUGUCGACGAAAGUGACCAAGGGGCAAGGUCGUGA